CGGCCAUGUCGCGAAUCCUGUGCGGAAUGGCUGAACGAGGAGGUGAAGCUCUCCGGCGCGUCGUUCCAGGAUCAUUUCCAGAAGAAUUUUCUAACGGCUACCUCCUAGGAGAACUUCUACACAAAUAUGGUCUUCAGGAUGACUUUAAACAAUUUUCACAGAGCAGGGUUGCAGAUGCAAAAGUUAACAAUUUUUCUCGCCUGGAACCUACACUUCACCUCCUUGGUGUGCCGUUUAAUGAGAAUGUGGCCCAAGACAUCAUGACAGGACAGCAUGGGGCUGCAACAAAGCUUUUAUAUGAAUUGUAUAUUGCUUUAGAAAAAAAGAGAAAGGCAAAGCACCCUGGAGUAGUCAUGGAAGCAAUAAGACCCGCCGCAACUACAAAUCUUAAGUCUAUUGAGAGUGUUUUGUAUCCAGAGCGUUUGAAAACUUCAGUGCCACAUCAGGCUGACUUGCAGCUACAGCAGAUUUCGGAACGUUUUGAAACAAGAUCCAAGGCAGUAGCAGAUAAAAUAGCUCGUACACAUUUUGCAGAGCAGCAGAGAGCUCAGAAGCUCCAAGAAGAGCAAAGAGCUCAAGACACUGAAGAGGAUCACACUGGAAGAAGGAGACAAAGUGAAGUAGUGCACAGGAUUCAAACAGCUGGUUUAAAGGUUCCAAAGCCUCCACCAAGACCCAUCAUAAAAGCUAUUGAAACUAAAAAAUUGUUAAAGAAAAGAGAAGCAGAGAACGUAUACAAGGAAAUAGACAAGUUUGAGAAGUCUAUGACAGGAAAUGCCUUUGAAUUACACAGCCCGGUGACUGACAGUGAUAUACAAGAAUCAUUGCAAACACAGAAAUUGCAAGAAACAACUCAAGAAACUACUCAAGAAACUACAGCACAGACAAAAACUGAGCUGUUAAAUGUUUAUUCAGAUGGUGAAUAUAUAAGGAAAAUUCAAAAACGUUUAGAGGAAGAUACAUUUGCUAGAGAACAACGAGCAAAGAGACGACGAAAAAUGCUAAUGGACCAGUUACUAGCACAUGAAUCUGAAGAGAAGGCUUACCGGGAGGAGCAGCUUGUUUACAGACUAAUGAAACAAUCUCAGCACGAGCGGAGGAUUGCUGCUCAACUCAUGCAUGUUCGACAUGAAAAAGAGGUGUUAAGGCAAAACAGAAUUUUUAGGGAAAAACAAUAUGAAGAAAGACGGCAAAAAGAGUUCCAGGAAGCUCUUGACAGAGAAGCGGCUCUUGCAAAACAAGAAAACAUUGAUAAUGAAGAACAAAUAAUGAAAGAGAGAGAACAACAUGAGAAAAUUGCUGCUGAAAGAGCUCAGGCCCGCUAUAAAAAACGUUAUUCUAUGUGUUGGGAAGUGAUGGGCCAAAUCGUUGAUAUGUCGACAAAAGUAGGAGAAUAUCGCUACAUGACAAAGAACCGAGUUCCAUUAAAACUGAUGCUGGACUGGAAGGAAUUUUUUUUAAAUGGAAAACCAAUAUAUGAACAAGCCUCAAUUCAACCUUUGCCAAAUGAACCUGGCCCAGAACAACUUGCAGAGAUGAAUAAAAUGAGUCUAUUAGAUGAAAAAGAUUAUGGUGAAUACAAGAGUAUGACAGGGGAAUGGAGUCCAACUGAAGAGGACAGUGAAAACAAACCUCCUCUUAAUAAUAACAUAUUGGGUCAUGUGCUUCGUAGACUGAUGGAGUUGUUCUAUCCUCCACAACCCAAACCUUCACCACGUGUACUUACUUCAUUUCCUGUCAAGGGAUGUAUUUUGGGAAAAACUUUUAGUGGAAAAACUACCUGUGCAAAGUUUAUUGAAAAAGUUUGCAAUAUUCAGGUACUAUCUGUCGAUACUCUGGUUUGGGAGGCUAUCGAGUCUUUUCUUAAAAAUGAAAUGAAAAGUGAACAUGAUAUGAUUCCACAUGAAGAGAGUUCUGGGGAACAAAAUAAGAACAGUCAAGAGGGCCUAUCCAAGCUGUCUGUACGUGCCCAGCUUGGCGCCGCAUCGCAGAAAUGGUUGAAGAAAGGAAAAAGUAUUCCCGAUGAACUACUAAUUGACCUCUUGUUGGAAGCCAUUAACCAAAUACCACCAGAGAAGGGGUGGAUUGUGGAAGGGUUUCCAAUGACUAUUAAUCAGGCAAAGCUAUUUGACAAAGCCUAUACAGGGAAUGAUCCAGAGGAAAAAGAUGCAAUUCCUGGAAGGCUCUCACUUGCUAUCGAUCCCAGAGCCCGUAACGAGCCUCCUGUUUUCUCACCUGCAUUUGAUGUUUCUGUAUUAUUGGAUAUUUCAGACACUGUGGUACUGAAACGUGCAGCUAACAUGAAGUUAGAUAAAUCAAAGUCAUCUCAAACUGAACAGGAGAACAGUGAUCAAAAUUCAGAUCCUGAAAUCCUAGAAGAGAGCAUUGACUUGGACAAGGACCAGGUCCUACAUAGAAUUUCAGGCUUUCUAGACACAUGGCCAAAAUUGGAGAAGUGGUUUUCAGUCCAUCAAAAUAUUCUAGUGAGUGUAAAUGCAGAGACAGAAGAAAGUCAUGUGUGUGAAACAGUGAAGGAAAUUAUAAUAGAGGAAAUUGCGAAAAACCAGAAUAGAAGGUCUACUCAAGAAAUAGCACCAGCAGAAGAAAAGCCUUUACCAGAUACAGAAGAAAAGCCUUUACCAGAUACAGAUGUAAAGCCUUUACCAGAUACAGAAGAAAAGCCUUUACCAGAUACAGAAGAAAAGCCUUUACCAGAUACAGAAGAAAAGCCUUUACCAGUUACAGAAGAAAAACCUUUACCAGUUACAGAUGAUCUACUUCCUCCCUCUCCUGGGACACCACCACCACCAAUAGAACCAGGAUCGGAUGAAUGGAUUUAUGUAGAUGAACCACUUCCCCAGGAGAUAAUUGAUUUUUUAGUACCUUACUGGGAAAUGAUAGAAAAUGCAUAUAUAAAUACCAUCAAAACUGUACUUAGAUGCCUAAGGGAUGAACAAUACGCGAUGAUUCAUUACAUAGCAGAUAUUAGAGAAAAUUUCCAAGAUUAUUUGAAACGUCCACAUCUUAAGCAGGAGUUUGUAUCUCAGUGGCAAACAGAUUUUAAUUCAAUUUCUGAUGAGUUGCGAGAUGAUGAGGAAACAAAAGCUGAACUACACCAAAGAGUUACUGACCUAAGAGAUCUUCUCUGGGAUAUCUGUGACAGCAGAAGGGAAGAAGCAGAGCAGGAACGUGUUGAUAUCAUGAAUAAAGGCUGGCUGCCAGAUCACAGGGGAAUUGCAAUGAACCAUUUCUUUUCACUUAUGCAGGUUGAAAUGGAUCGUUUCCAAGAUACAAAGAGAAUUCUUCAUGACUACUAUAGGUCAAUGGAAGGAAAAAUCCCAACAGAAGACAGGAAAGAUUUUACUAGAAUCCCACUGUUAGAUAUUUUUGAUGUAAAGCAGAAGGAAGAUGUAGAUAAGGAAGAUGUAGAUAAGAAAGAUGUAGAGCAGAAGGAAGCUGAAGAGCAGAAGGAAGCUGAAGACAAAUCAAAAAGGAUUCCUCUGGUUUCUCGGAAACUGUUUUCACCAGAAAUUAAUGCUGAGACAGAAAACAAGAGAACUCUGCAGGCAAGUCCUGACGUUGAGAAUUCUGAAAAUAGACUGGCUGCUUGCAGGAAUGAUGAAAGGCUUAUUAUUUAUACAUGGCAAAAAGCAGUAACAGCAGUAUCAAAUAUGGUAACAGCUGAAAUAGAGUUUAGAGAAAUGGAGGAAGAAGAACAGCAGCAGCAAAAACUGAAAGAAGAUCCGAAACGCUCAGGCAAAGCUGCUGGGAAAGAUGUCAGAAAGCCUUCUACCAAAUCACUUUCUAAGAAGAAAGGAUCACAGAAGAAAGUCAGUGUAAUUCCUUUAGACCCAGAAGAAUUAAAGAAACAAGAACUGGCACUUAAAAUAAAACAAGAACAUCUGAGUGCCUUGAAACAUGAGGAGGCAGCCACAAAAUCUCGACUAGAACUUAUAAAAGAAAAAGCUUUAGCAUUUCUUGAAGACCUAAAAAUGAAAGCAGAAGAGGCUUACAGAGAUAUGGAAAAGUGGCUUGGAUCCACCUUCCUGGCAGAAAUGGCCAGUGUUGAAAAGCUGGUUGAGGCUGCACGAUAUCAUGUUGAGAGUUCUAGCAAAAUCCAAUAUGAAAUGACUUUAGAAGAAACAGAUUUCUUCAUCAAUGGCGGUGUAAAAAUGUUUCCUGACCCUGUUCCUGACCCUGUUCCUGUACCACAAGUUCCAUGCAUAAAAACCUCUAGAAGUACUCUAACUAUUUCACAACUCACUAAUCUUCAUAAGCAGUUUCUACAGGUGGCACCUAAAGGUUUUAUACGAAAGAAAGUAUUUAUUGACAUUUUUAGUCGCUUGGUUAAUUUGAAUCGUGGAGUAAAUUGCCUUCCUGAUCGAUGGAUGAACUUAAAACUUCCAGAUUUAGAAAAUCUGGCAUCUGCAUUCUCAGUGAACGCAGAAUUUACUGACUGGCGCAGAUUCUUGGUAGCAGCAGCACAGCCUUGGCCAGUGCCAUCUGUGACACAACUCCUCAAAACACUGCAUAGCUUCAAGGCUGUUGAUGUAGCUGGAUCAGGCUUUGUUACAGAGGAAUACUACUUGCAGGUUGGCUUAUGGUUUAAUGGAGAUGAAGAUCUAAGCAUAACAAAAAGUUGCACACAAUCUGUGCCUUUAGAUAGGCUAAAACACCUCAUAAAGUUUUUCUUCAGUUUAUUUGCUGAUACCAGAAAAGAUCCUGCUGUGCUCGACUAUACUGAGAUGCUGCUUUAUUUUGCCUCCCACUCUGAUCCAGUUGAAGGUGUAUACAGAGCACUUAGCAUUGCUACUGGAACAUAUGUUCACAGAAGAAAGGAAGCCUCUCAUCCGUGUGCGGAUUCUCCAUACCCCAAAACAUUGUCAAAUGAGAAGACUUUAAAAGAAAAUGAAAAAGAAGUCUUGAAUUACACCGGUGAAGGAGUAAUUUCAGUGGCAACUCUAUUCAAAGUAUUUCAUACUGGAGGAAGAAAAGAUCAAGAUAAUCAUAGAUUUAGCGAUCUGGAGAAGGCAGGCAACUAUGAUGAGCAUUUCAUCAAAAUAUACAAAGAAUUAGAUAUUGAAGAUCUGACACCUAUUCCGGUUGAACUCCUUUUGAUUCACUCCUUCAUGAAAGACUUGAUCAACAGCUAUCAAGGAUAUAAACUUCAUGACGUUAAAAUCUUCCUCCAAAGACCUAAACAAGCACAUCCUACUGAUGGAGGGGAAAAAGCGUUAAAACAUCAUUAAAACAUACAUUAAAAACAUCAAUGUUUGAAAAACUGUUGUUCAUGAACAUUAAGAAAUAUUUUUUUAAGUUGGCAAGAAAUGUGUCUUACAUCUCCAGUCCUCUCUUCCAUGAGUGAGGUUUUUUUGUUUAUUGUUGUGAGAGCAAAAUCCCAUUGCAAUUACACAUUUUCUGUUACUUUAAAUUU